AUGCCCUCUAAUACCUCGUUUUGUGAUAUUUGUGGUGGACACGAUCAUUUUCCUAACAUGUGCCAUCUAUUACAAAAUGGUUCCUUUGUUGAACAUGACUCAUCUUAUGAGCAAGACUUUGAUAUUGAGUAUGAAAAUGCUCUAAAUGAAAGACUUAGGUAUGAUGGGCCCCCAAACCCAAAUUUCAGUAGACAACAAGCACCUAGAGGCCCUUCUAUGCAUGCCUACCAAGGUGGUUCCUACCAAGGCCAAGGCCAAGGAGGGGGGUUUGAUCACCAAGGUCGGGGCAACUAUAGGGGGCAAGGCUAUCAAGGCCAAACUCUCUAUAGCCAACCCCAUGGCCUAGGUAAUCAAGAUCCUUACCACCAAGCUAGUUAUAACCCAAAUCACCAAGGUGGAAUGGGCUAUAACUACCAAUAUAGGCAAGGUGGAGGAGUUUCUAGUGGGGGCUAUCCAUUGAAUUCGGGAAACCAAUAUGGCAAUUCCCAAUAUCCUCCUUCCGGAUUCAAUGUACCUAGGACUUGUGGCUCUCAUUUUCCACCUAAUCCUUUCGGAUUUGGCAAUGCUCCCCCACCACUCCUGUAA